AUGUUAAGAAGUUCAGUCAGAUAUUUUAACACGUCCGCUAUCUUAAAAGCUGGUACUCCAUCCCGUGGUAAAACACAAAGUUUUGCACGUAAAGGUAAUAAUUCAACUGAUGGUUAUAAAAGUUCUAAGAAAAAUAUCUCUGGCUCUUUACAUAAAAAAUGGAUCGAAAGUAUUUCUACUGGGAAAUUUCAUGAAAAAGCACCAAUUGUUGAAACUCAACAAUUUAAUUCCCAAAAUCUAAACAAAGUACUAAAUUCUGUGGUUUGCUUUUCCAACUCACAAUAUCAAACAUUAUACAGACUAGGUAGUUUCAAACAAAACCAAUUUAAUGAACUAUUUCAAAAACCAGUUACUUUAGUAAGAGAAUUAACCACCAAGAAAUUGUUGGAACAGUUAUCGACUGAUAAAAAAAUUGUAUUAACUGGCGAGAGGGGUAUUGGUAAGAGCACAUUAUUGGCUCAAUUACACGCUUGUAUACAUGAAACCCACAUUAUUUUACAUUUUUCCCACCCAGAAUUAUUUUUAAACGGUAGAAAUGAUUUUUUACCAGAUAAGGGGCAAUACAUCCAGCCAAUGUAUUUGAAAAGUUUAUUAACCAAAUUUUUAAAGUCUAAUAGACCGGAAUUAUUAAGAUCCAUUAAACUUUCUGAGAGUUAUAAGUUUCAGAAUGCUGAUAUUAAGGAUUCUUCUGUUAGACACAAUAAAGAACUUAACAAGGGGCAGCAUACAUUGUUUGAUUUAUUAAAUAUAAAGACUGUUCCUAAGCUAAGGGGUAAAUUAUUUGGUGCAGUUAUUCAUGAACUAUCGGUGCAAAAAGCUGUUCCAGUCACUUUAACGAUUGACAAUUUUUCUAGACUGGUUACCAGCUCUUUUACUGCGUAUAGAGAUACUAAUAACAAACCGAUUUCAACUUUAGACUUCCAAAUAGCCAAAACACUUUUCGAUAUCAUCAGUGGAGAUAUUUCUUUUGGCCAUAAUUCAAGUUCUGUUAUCUUGGCACUAUGUGGUAGUGAUAGAAGUAAUAGGACUUUACCAAUUGGUUUGGGCAAGUUACCACAUGAUCCUUAUCUUAAGCAAUAUCAUUAUGAUCCAGAAUUUGCAGCUAAAUUGUUAAAAGGCAAUGUUAAAGAGUUCCCUGUUGCCAGAUUGAAUGAAAAGGAAGUUUCUGUACUAUUAGAUUUUUACAAGCAAGCUGGUGUUGCUAAACCGACAGAUUCUUUUGAAGAGAAAUACUUUCUAAGUGGCAAUGGUAAUCCAAGAGAAUUGUUGAAAAGUGCUGUUAUGAAUUUUUAUUAG